AUGGCUGCGCCGCUAUUCUUGUUCGUAUCUAAUGCCCUGGAUAGGAACCGUUCCCUCUCCAUAAGAUCAAAGGGCCAACAUGGCAGCGAAAAGUCAUCCGGCAAGCACCGCUUCACCAUGGCUAGUCUUCGUGGUAUCCAACAGCCCGACCUCUCCAAGAAGCUCUAUCGCUUGAUCAAGACCGAGAACCACGCCAUUGGCGCAUACGAGGCCGCAGCCAAGGAGCAGGCCAACAUUGCCUCCCAACUCAGCGACUGGGGUGAGGAGACUGGCGACGACGCCAUCUCUGAGAUCUCUGACAAGCUCGGUGUUUUGCUGGCCGAGAUUGCUGAGCAAGAGGAUGUCCUCGCACAAGGUCUCGAAGACAGCAGAGGUGUCCUCAAGCAGAUCCGCAACACCGAGUCUUCGGUCCAGCCUUCGCGCGACCACAAGGCCAAGAUCUCCGAUGAGAUUCAGAAGCUGAAGUACAAGGAGCCCAGCUCCACCAAGAUCAUCACCCUUGAGCAGGAGCUUGUCCGCGCAGAGGCUCAAUCUCUCGUCGCCGAGGCUCAGCUUACCAAUAUCACCCGCCAGAAGUUCAAGGAGGCUUACGACAUUCACACUGCUGCCAUCAUUGAGCGUGCCGAGAAGCAGAUCAUGUUGGCCAAGAACGCUAGAAAGUUGCUCAACCUUGUUGACGACACUCCCAUCGUUCCCGGAGAUGUCCACCCCACCUUCUCCCACGCCGAGACCGCAAGAGAAGUCUUGAAUGUUGCCGAGGACGAGCUCAGAGCCUGGACUCCCGACGUCGAGCCUAUUCACACCAAUGCUGGUGGUCUUGGUGUCAACGCCAUGCCCGCUGCCUCCAUGCAAGGCGCUAGUGACGUCUCCAGCUCUAUCGAUGCAGGAGCUCACACUACCGAGUACACUACCCAACACUCCGAAUACCCUACUCAGCACUCUGAGUACCCUGCCUCAACCGAACAAUAUGCCACCUCGGCCGAGCCUUCUGUAACUGCCGAAACCCAGCCUCACACCACCACCGAGACAUCGCACCUUACUGGCGAGCACGACUCUGAGCACGCUCGCAAUGUAGCUGCUCGUGUCCUCGGCUAG